CAGGUAGGGAGCAACGGGGAGAAUAGCAGGCAGGGAUCUGGGGAGCAGGCAGGGAGCGGGAGGGUGCAGACGGGGGGGCCGGGGGGCGGGCGAGUGAGCAGGGCCGCCCCCGGCCCCACGUGGCUCGGGGGACACGCGGGUUUAUAAAGCGUCCCCGGCCCGCGCGGGUGCGGGAGGCGGCGGCGGCRGCAGCGGGCAGGAGCGGGGMUCGAACCCGCGGCACUCGGGUGCGCCCGGCUGUUCCAGCGGGGCCACGGCCGCCCGCGGGCCAUGGAUGUGACCAUGGAUGUGACCAUGGAUGUGMCCGUGGAUGUGCCCGUGGAACUGAUCUCGGUGCUGCCCACGGCCACUGCCACUCCCUGGAGCAACGGCACCGCCUGGGCCCCCUUGCCCGGACACGGGGUCAACGACACGGGCCCGCAGCGGGCCAAGAACGCCACAUCCAUCCUCAUCGCCAUCGUCAUCACUGCACUCUACUCCGUGGUGUGCGUGGUGGGGCUGCUGGGCAACGUCCUGGUCAUGUACGGCAUCGUCAGGUACACUAAGAUGAAGACAGCCACCAACAUCUACAUCUUCAACCUGGCGCUGGCCGACGCACUGGCCACCAGCACACUGCCCUUCCAGAGUGCCAAGUACCUCAUGGAGACCUGGCCCUUUGGGGAGCUGCUCUGCAAGGUUGUGCUCUCCAUUGACUACUACAACAUGUUCACCAGCAUCUUCACCCUCACCAUGAUGAGUGUGGACCGCUACAUCGCCGUGUGCCACCCAGUCAAGGCCCUGGACUUCCGCACGCCAGCCAAAGCCAAGAUCAUCAAUGUCUGUAUCUGGGUGCUCUCCUCCCUCAUUGGGGUGCCCAUCAUGGUCAUGGCAGUCACCAAGUCAAAAGAUGGGAUGGUCCUGUGCACACUCCAGUUUCCUGAUCCUCCCAUCUACUGGGAUACUGUGACCAAGAUCUGUGUCUUCAUCUUUGCCUUCCUGGUCCCCAUUUUGGUCAUCACCAUUUGCUACGGGCUGAUGAUCCUCCGCCUGAAGAGCGUCCGGCUCCUCUCAGGCUCGAAGGAGAAGGACCGCAAUCUGCGGCGCAUCACGCGCAUGGUGCUGGUGGUGGUGGCAGCCUUCAUCAUCUGCUGGACACCCAUCCAUAUCUUUGUCAUUGUCUGGACACUGGUGGACAUAGACAAGAAGAACCCCUAUGUGGUGGCCAGCCUGCACUUCUGCAUUGCCCUGGGCUACACCAACAGCAGCCUCAACCCCGUCCUCUAUGCUUUCCUGGAUGAAAACUUCAAGAGGUGCUUCCGAGAGUUCUGCCUGCCUUUCCGAGCCCGGGUGGACCAGAACAGCUUCUCCCGUGGCAGGAACACCACGCGGGAGCACGUCUCCACAUGCACCCCUUCUGAAGCCCGCAACAAGCCGGCAUGACUAGACGUGGGCAGCCCCCAGCGGGGCUGCCGGGGACACAGAGGAGAUGAGCUGCGCUCAGAAGUCACCCAGGUCACCACCACAGAAUUUUAGCAGAAUGGUAGCCUGGGUGCUGCUUGGUAACACUGCUGGGUUUGCAUACAGACUGACUGCAAAGACUUUUUUCAUCCUGGAAAAGAAUGGGAGAAUUGGGACUCAUCGAAUAAUGUGGGGAGAAGCCCAGAACAAGAGGCAACUUGGGCAAAACUGCUCUGCUGCUGCCACCACCUCAACCAGCAACAUCCAGCAAGGGCUGUCACCCUCCAACAUGUGGCUCUUGGCAGAGUCCCGGGCACUAGGACUGCCAUGUCCACAUGCUUCUCCUCCUGCAUGGGCCAGGAUUCCAUCACAGCCUGUGGCAAGAGCGGAAACGCUCCCAUGGCAGAAGUGAACUAUGCCAGGAGGUGAUCAAAGGAUCACAGAAUCAUUCAGGUUGGAAAAACCCUYCAAGAUCAAGUUCAGCUGUUUUCCCAGCACUGCCAAAGCCAUCAGUAGCCUAUGUCCCCAGGUGCCACAACCACACAGCUUUUACAUCCCUCCAGUGAUGGUGACUCCACCACUCCCCUGGGCAGUUGUGCCAGGGCCUGAGAACCCUGUCAGUGACAAAACAUUCCCUAAUAUCCAACCUAAUCCUCCCCUGGAAUGACUUGAGACCACUGCCUCUGCCGCAUCAUGGUUCUUCAUUCUAUCCCCGUUUGAGAUGGGAGGAGAAAAUUAUGCCACUUCAGAGACACUGUUUUCAAAAAGCUCCAGAUCUAUAGUAAAAAUUCUCCUGGAGUCUUUCAAAUUGGGACUGCUCCCAGAGAAAACUUUCUACUGUUAAUGUCAUUACUGUGUUAUUUGGAGAUCUCUGACUGCAGCUAAGGCUGCCCAGGACAUGGAUGUGAUGCUGGGAAUAUGGAUAUGGCCAGGGGAUGGAGCAGGGUAUGUCUGAAGUUGACCUCAUAUCCACAUGCCAAUGCUCAAUUCCCCAUGUCCAGCAUCCAUCGGGGUGACAGGGAACUGAUGAAGUCAUUAAGUGCUGGAGUCAUUAAGCCCAAGAAGAACCUUAUUAAGGGAGUAAUUUGUGGGAACUCGAGUUGUUUCUCRCAGUGCUAAAGUAAUCAGGAUGGAAUAACAGGCAGCACCAAAAGCUCUCCCUCUCCUGCCCAUCAGGAGAAGCAUGAGCAACAGCACUGCCCAGAUUUCCAUAAGAGAGACAAAAAAGAAUGGAAUGGGGU